UAGGAUAUGAUGAACUUAAUGGUGGAGUCCUCAAUUACACUAGUGAACUCAUGGACUAAUCUGAUUGAGAGUGAGAGUGGAGUUGCAGAUGUUCACGUUGAUGAAUACAUGAGAAGCUUUUCUGGAGAUGUGAUCUCAAGAGCUUGUUUUGGCAGCAAUUACUCCGAAGGGGAAGAGAUAUUUUUAAAGCUUAGAGAACUUCAAGAGCAAAUGUCAAAAAAAGUUUUUUUAAGUGGCAUUCCAGUAAUAAGAUAUCUUCCAACUAAGAACAAUAGGGAAACAUGGAGGCUACAAAAAGAGGUCCGCUCUUUGAUUAUGAAGGUAGUGAAGGAAAGAAAGGAGGGAGCAUCACAGAAUAAUUUGCUGCAAAUGAUAAUUGAAGGUGCAACCAAUAGUGAUUUUGGUCAAGAUGAGACUGACAGAUUCAUUGUUGACAAUUGCAAGAACAUAUACUUAGCAGGGUAUGAGACAACUGCAGUGUCUGCAACAUGGACCUUGAUGUUGUUGGCCUCAAAUCCAGAGUGGCAACAAAGAGUUCGUUCUGAGGUUCUCGAAAUUUGUGCUGAUCAAAUGCCUAAUGCUGACAUGGUUCGCAAGAUGAAGACGUUGACCAUGGUAAUUCACGAAUCAUUGCGCCUUUAUCCUCCAGUGCCAAUAGUGUCCAGGGAGGCAUUUCAAGACAUGAAAUUUGGAGACAUAAACGUACCUAAAGGUGUAAAUGUGUGGACCUUGAUGGUAUCCUUACACCAAGACCCUGAUCUUUGGGGACCUGAUGCCAACAUCUUUAAACCCGAAAGGUUUGCCAAUGGAGUCAAUGGUGCAUGCAAGCUCCCUUACGUGUACAUGCCAUUUGGGGUCGGUCCUCGUACCUGUUUAGGGCAAAACUUUGCCAUGGUAGAGCUCAAAAUUCUUCUUGCUUUGAUUGUGUCCAACUUCUCCUUUUCCUUGUCACCCAAAUACAGGCACUCCCCGGCAUUGAAGUUGAUUAUAGAGCCUGAAGAUGGUGUCAAUCUCCUUAUUAAGAAGCUGUGAACAAUGAGCCAAUUACUAUUAUAUUAUAUAGUACUACUACUAUAGUUGGUAUUGCAGAAAGUUUUGUUAAUUGGUGCUUAAACUUGGAUUAUUACAAGAUCAAUGAACAUAUAGAAGCACUAGGCCCUACAUGGUAUCUUGUGACAAGACCCAUUUCUUAUUGCAACAGCAGUUUUUGUUUU